AUGAACCAUGGUAACAAGGUUUUCGACAUUUACGGCGACGGCCUACAAAAGGUCACUUUGACAUCUCUGGGGGAUGCAGCACGUGCGGUUUUGGCUUUGUUGAAAAACAGCAUUAAGACUGGUGCCGAUCUGCCCCCGGUUACGCAUCUUGCUGGGCAGACACUUACCUACAAGGCCCUCUUCGAAGUGAUUUGUAGACAUCAUCCGGUCUGGAAAUCGUACACGGUUUCUAUUUCCGAAGUUCUUGAUUCAAUUCACGAAGGACUCAAUUCAAACGAUACCAGUGUAGCAAUCCAUCAGAUGAGGAUCCUGGGCUUCACAAAUGCGAACCAUAACCCUGAUGAAAAGGUGCUGCGUUGGGGAACUGGAGUUCUUGAAGGGUUGUACCCCAUCAGUGUCGAUGAACUUUUGGCCCAAGCUGAGGCUGGUUCAAAUAAAUGA